AUGUUUAUACUUUAAAUUUCAUAAAAAGAUUAUCAAUUUUAUUUAUAGAAACGGGGAUAAUUCGAUAAUAAUAUGGGAGAUGAAUAAGAAUAAUUAAUGGAAUUACAUAUAAAAAUUAAAUGA